CUACGUCUUCGUGUAGAAACAGACUAUGCAAACAAAACCAAACUCUGUAUAAAUGUGUAAUAUACACCUAACUCUUGUAUCCUGUUUACUUCUUAUUCAAGAUCAUGGAUGGAAUAAACAAAAAAGACUUUAAAUUAAAUUAUUCAAACUACCCAUAAACAUUAAAAGUUGCAUAUCCAUUAUAAUAUAAAUCAAUUGUUUAGAUUGUUAUUAUAUAUGAGUCUAGUUGAGUCUUGAGUGGAAACAUUAUUAAUUUCAAGAAAAUUAUUCAAAAAAUACCUAUUAUUCAUUGAAAGUGGUGUAGCCAAACCAAUUCGAAAAACCUAACAAAAAUAUAUACCUAUUUGGUAUUAAUUAGGUUUUUUAUCAAUAAAAACUACUACAAUACCAUAAUAUUACUUUCUAUCCAUUGAAAUAUAAUAAAACUCAAGAAAGAAUGGAAAUGUUAAACUUAUGCCUACCACCGCCAACGCAAGUUUUUGAAUGUUGGAGUAAUUUAAACUAUACAUGGACCAUACAAAAUUUUAGCACCCUCUCUGAAAGUUGUUGGCAAUAUUCAGCCGCAUUUUCUAGGGGUGAUAAAGACAAUUUAAAAUGGAGAUUGGAGCUUUAUCUAAAUGGUUCCAGUGAAAUUUGGAUAGGUUUAAAAUUAACAUCAGAACCUGUUAAUGGGGAUAAAAUUAUGGGCAAAUUCAAAAUAUCCGUUUUGAAUGCUGAAGGAAAAAAAAGUUAUUCGAAGACAAGUUCGGGUGUUAUAGAGCUUAAAGCAAAUGAGGAGUAUGAGCGUCUAAAGAUUGGAAGAAACGAUUUACUAAACAAUCACCUUCCAGAUGAUAUAUUAACAAUUUAUUGCGAAAUCGAGGUGGUAACUAAUACAGUUGAUUUUUCUGGACAAAAAGGUAUUGAAAAGAAUACAAAUCCUGAAAGAACUCUUAUUGCUGAUUUUGCUAAUCUUCUUAAAAAUCAAAUUCUAAGUGAUGUCAAAUUGGUGAUCGAUGAAGUUGAAUUUCCGGCCCAUAAAAAUAUCUUAGCUGCCCGAAGUGAUGUCUUUAAAGCAAUGUUCCAACAUGACAUGAAAGAGACCAAAUCUGGUCGAGUCGUCAUAACCGAUGUCAAACCCGAAGUUGUUCAGGAAAUGCUACAUUUCAUAUACACGGGAAGUUCUCCGAAAAUAAAAGAAAUGGCUGUUGAGCUUUUCAUUGCUGCUGAUAAAUAUGCCUUGGACAAUUUAAAAAAGAUGUGUGAAAUAGCCUUAAAAGAAAAACUGUCCAUUGAUAGAGCAGCUGAUACUUUUAUCUUAGCUGAUUGCUAUAAUAUGGAGCUAUUGAAAAAGGAAACUAUUAAUUAUAUCAUCUUCCAUGGGAAAGAGAUUACAGAAACAAUAGGCUGGGAAGAAAUGAGACUCAAACAUCCGGCCCUAAUAGGUGAAAUAUUGAAGGCGUUAUUUUCAUCAACAAAGAAACAGUUAUCGAUUUCCGAAUAACAUGUAAUAUUUGAAUAAUAUUUACUCUCUAGUUUUCUGUUUUUCUUCAUAUUCAAUUUUGAUAAUAAAAAUUAUUAUAAUUAAUAA